UUACUUCCGGGUUAAUGUGGCGUUGGAGUCGUUGAAAGUUAACAAUUAACCAACCCAGUAGGAUGAAAGCAGUUGGGAAACUCAUGAAGGUUUACGUGACGAGACGCCUUUCGCAGGAAGGGAUGAAGAUCCUGUCAUCAUCUGGAGUGUGUGACGUGUGCAUGUGGGACUCCAAUCAACCUAUUCCAAGAGAAGAGCUUCUCAAAGAGGUGCAGGGGGCCCACGGUGUCCUGUGCCUGCUGUCAGACAAGGUCGAUGCUGAGGUUCUGAAUGCCGCAGGACCCAACCUGAAAGUAAUCAGCACCCUCUCUGUGGGAUACGACCAUUUGGACCUUAAUGAAAUAAAGAAACGUGGUAUUCGUGUAGGUUACACGCCUGAUGUCCUGACUGAUGCCACAGCUGAGCUGACUGUGGCUCUGCUCCUGGCCACAGCUCGCAGACUACCUGAGGCGGUGGACGAAGUGAAAAAUGGAGGCUGGAGCUCCUGGACACCGUUCUGGAUGUGCGGGUAUGGUCUGUCAGGCAGCACUGUGGGAGUCAUCGGCCUGGGACGCAUCGGGAUGGCCAUCGCUCGCCGCCUCAUGCCAUUUGGAGUAAAGCGGCUGCUUUACUCUGGGAGAACUGAGAAGGCUUACGCCGCUGAGCUAAAUGGAGAGUUUGUUCCUCUGGACACUCUCAGGUGUGAGAGUGACUUCAUCGUAGUGUCAUGCUCGCUGACACCAGAGACCCAGGACCUGUGUGACAAGACCUUCUUCAGCAAGAUGAAAAAGACGGGAAUCCUCAUCAACUCAAGCAGGGGGGCUGUAGUGAAUCAAGAGGAUCUUUACGAGGCUCUGAAAAGUGGACAAAUAGCAGCAGCUGGCCUGGACGUAACAACACCCGAGCCACUACCGACCAACCACCCGCUUCUCACACUCAAAAACUGUGUGGUGUUGCCGCACAUCGGCAGCGCCACCUACUCCACCAGAGGCGUCAUGGUUGCCUUGGCAGCCCGAAACCUGCUGGGGGGUUUACAGGGCACAGAAAUGCCCAGUGAACUUGCACUCUAGAAGCUAAAAUGGAGGAUGUGGUGCCGCACAGCACAUACAGUAUGUAACUAUCAGAAUAUGGAAGCAAGUCUUUUUGACAUAAUUGCCUUUAAUUAGUUCAAUCUCUCGCAAACUGCACUUCUUACAUUAUUCUUAAUAAACCUAUUUGUUGCAUAAAUGUAUUCCACUGUUGCCUGUUCUUUCAGCAGCAUAAUAAAAGUGUUAGUUUCUUCAA